AUGGAUACUCUUGUACAGGCUGUCAACGCAACUGCGAAAAUCCCCCUUCAUCCAUACUCGCCUUUAAACGCAGCUCUUCCAGAAUAUGUCACCAACACUUUAUCCUCUCGCACGCUCGUGGCAACCUUUGUCGUCGGCUCUAUUGCCAUUUUCGCUGUGACGCUGCUGUUCAUCAACUCGGCGCCGCGAAAGUUAUCCAAGGGAGAGAUUUUUGUAACGUUAUGGUUCGCUCUCUGCGGAUGCAUCCAUUUCUUUUUCGAGGGCUACUAUGUCGCCAACUUUGCCGAUCUAUCCAGUAGACUCAGCCUUUUCGCUCAGCUCUGGAAAGAAUACUCCCUUUCUGACUCGCGCUACUUGACCCAAGACUCAUUCCUUGUCCCUAUGGAGGCCAUCACCGCUAUCCUCUGGGGUCCAAUGUCAUUCUUUUGCGCGUGGAGUAUCGUCAAGGAACACCCUCUGCGACACCCUAUCCAGCUCAUCAUCAGCGUUGGUCAACUCUACGGCGACGUGCUGUACUUUGCGACUUGCUACUUCAACGAGGUGGUGCACAACAUUGUGUACUGCCGUCCGGAGCAGUUUUACUUUUACAUGUAUUAUGUCUUUUGUAACGCCAUCUGGAUCGUUAUUCCUUCCGCUUUGGUGGUGCACAGCGUUGUGGCUACCAAGAGGGCUUUUGCCAAGGUGCAGGCUGCUGAGACGAGGAAGAAGGCUUUGUAA